AUGCUUUUCUUAUGCGCUCAUGAUGAGCCUUGCUACCGUUAUACGAUGACGUCCUGUAGAUGUCAAACGACAUGACGCUGUCAUAUAGUCUCUAGUGGAUCUACGGUAACUUUUUGUUAACUCAAAAUCGCAGCUUGCGAAUAAGUACCUCGCAUCUCGACAAGCAAUUAUCUUACAGCCCGAUAACAUAUUUCAUUCCCUUACUCUAUCAACUUCGAUCCUUUACGAUGUCUCAGAACCCCGCCAGCGUGUCUAAUCAGGGCGAAUUUUCUGGCCAUGUCAAACCCAGUGAGCCACUCAUGACAGGUGGGCACCAGCCCGGAAAGAAGUUUUCAGAAGCCGACCAUGCGCCUGAAUUCCAUAGCAAGACUCUUCCAGCUGGCACAGCUCCGAGGGCCAAUACAUACACCCCUAACCCCGAUCUUAACAACCAGAAGACUUUCACUAGCGCUUCAUCAACGCUUGUCGGAGCCGACUCACAAUCCGUGCAUACUGGUCUCGGACACCCAGGUCAGGGUCAGUCAAGCUCUGAGCUCCGCGACAAUUCGAAGCACAGCGGCGGCAGUGGCGGGCUUGCUGGAUUGAAGGAAACUUAUGAGCAGGGCGACAUUGCAGAGCUGAAGGACGACCCUACACAUGCCAAACAAAGGAACUUGAAGGAGGAUGCGGCCGGCACACGGGGUAACACCGGUGGUCUUGCAGCGCAGGAGAUGGAGCCUGAGCAGGCUAGGUAAACCUUUUAGCACAUCACGAUGCUUACUGUCACCGUGACAGGCUUGCUAGCAUUACAAAUAAGACCACAUAAUUCACGCG